UCCCGCCACACAGCAGUCGCAGUGCACCGCUUUGCUUGUUGCCUGUUGGUCUUGACACCUCCCCCUCCUAUCUCCACCACCAACCUCUCUCCGACAGCAACCAUGGGUUACGAGGCUCCCAAGGGUGUUCCCACCGUCUUCGACCCCAGCUUCACCGGCGUCGGCCAGAAGCCCGGUCUUGAGAUCUGGCGCGUGGAGAAGCUUGCCGUCGUCAAGAAGAACAAGGACGACAAGGCACACAAGGGCGAGCUCCACGAGGGCGAUGCCUACAUCAUCCUCCAGACCAAGGAGGUGCAUGGUGCGCUUCAGCGCAACAUCUUCUUCUGGCUCGGCAAGGACUCCAGCCAGGAUGAGCAGGGCGUGGCCGCGUACAAGACGGUCGAGCUCGACCAGUCGCUCGGCGAUGAGCCCGUGCAGCAUCGCGAGGUGCAGAACCACGAGUCGGACGAGUUCCUCGGCCUCUUCAAGAACGGCCUGCGCUACCUCGAGGGCGGUGUCGCCACCGGCUUCCGCCACGUCGACCGCGACGCCUACGAGACGCGCCUCCUGCACAUCAAGGGCCGCCGCAACAUCCGCGUGUCCCAGGUCAAGCUCGACCCAAGCAGCAUGAACGAGGGCGACGUGUUCGUGCUCGAUGCCGGCAAGGACAUCUUCCAGUGGAACGGCAAGGGCGCCAGCCGCGUGGAGAAGUCCAAGGCCCUCGAGGUCACCAAACGCAUCCGCGACGAGGAGCGCGGUGGCAAGGCCAAGAUCCACCUCAUCGACCAGGGCAAGGACGACGACUCCCUGUUCUGGGAGAAGUUUGGCGGUGGCGAGACGCCGCUGUUCAAGCAGAACUUCCCCGGCUGGAAGGAGGCCAACGCCCUCCUCCCUGGCCAGACCGGCAUCCGCAAGAAGAAGUUCAUCAAGCGCCAGUUCUCUGCCGCUACCCUUCACAGCGCGGGUGAGCGCCAGAAGGCGAACCUUCCGGAUGACGGCAAGGGCAAGCUCGAGGUGUGGCGCAUCGAGAACUUUGAGAUGGCGCCUGUGCCCAAGGACCAGCACGGCCACUUCUACUCUGGCGACUCGUAUGUGAUGCUGUACACGUACCUGCGCAACAGCAAGGAGGAGUACAUCAUCUACUUCUGGCAGGGCAACAAGUCGUCCCAGGACGAGCGCGGCGCCUCUGCCAAGCACGCCGUCGACCUCGACGACCAGUACGGCGGCGCCCCCGUGCAGGUGCGCGUGGUGCAGAACAAGGAGCCCCCACACUUCUACCUCGUCAUGAAGCAGUUUGGCGGCAUGGUUGUGCAUGAGGGCGGCCACGCCUCUGGCUGGAAGAACGUCGACGACAAGGACUCGUACGACACGGACGGCACCCGCCUGUUCCAGGUCCGCGGCACCAACGAGUGGAACACGCGCGCCAUCCAGGUUGACGAGGAGCCCAAGUCCCUCAACUCUGGCGACGUCUUCAUUCUUGAGACCCCGCAGAACGUCUUCCUGUGGUACGGCAAGGGCUGCACCGGUGACGAGCGCGAGUACGCCAAGCAGAUUGUCAAGCGCGUGUGCCCCAAGCGCGGCGCCAGCUUUGAGGCCAUCACCGAGGGCCAGGAGCCCAAGGAGUUCUGGCAGGGUCUUGGCUGGGACAUUGACACACAGGGCCGCCCCACCUACGCCGAGUUCAAGGAGCAGGCCAUCCAGGAGUACCACGAGCCCCGCCUGUUCCAGUGCAGUAACGCCCGCGGCUACUUCUACGUCGAGGAGAUCUUCGACUUUGAUCAGAACGAUCUGAUUGAGGACGAUGUGAUGCUGCUGGACACCUACUUUGAGGUGUUUGUGUGGAUUGGCCAGAACGCCAACCCCGAGGAGAAGAAGGGCGCGCUGCAGGCUGCCGUCGACUACGUCAAGACAGAUCCCUCUGGCCGCACCGUCGACGACACGUGCAUCAUGCAGAUCAAGCAGGGCUUUGAGCCAACCAACUUCCGCUGCCACUUCCACGCGUGGGACGACGACAUGUGGUCCAAGGGCAUGAGCUACGAGGAGCUCAAGGCCAAGCUUGGCAGCGAGGUUGAGGGCGUCGACGCCAUGGCUGCGCUCGACGAGUGGUCUGGCAACAAGAAGUACCCCUAUGAGCUGCUGCGCGAUGGUCCCGUGCCGGAGACGGUCGACGUCACCGCCAAGGAGCAGUACCUCGAGGACGAGGAGUUUGAGAAGAUCUUCAAGAUGACGCGCGCAGAGUUCAACGCCCUGCCCAAGUGGAAGCAGAACGGCAAGAAGAAGGAGGUCAAGCUCUUCUGAGCAUGAGGAGAAGAGAAAAGGGACUCCGUGUUUCUGUCUACUCUUUGUUGUGCGUCUGUCCUUGUCGUUGUGUCCCCUGACUCUGCCGCUUCACGUUGCGAUGCGCUGACAUGAAGUGGGCGAGAGUGUGCUUUUGCGUGUGGCCUGCUUUAUCCGUUCUCCCCGAGCGCCAGCGCUGCUGCUGUGCCUUGCCAUUGCGUAUGCUUUUUCUUGAUGACGUGCUGCCGUCCCACACAGCACUCCCAUAGAUUCUUUCAUCAAACAGAC